AUGUUCAGAAAGUCCUUACCCUUUGAAGUACCACUGGAUUCAGCAGUUUCACUAACAGAGUCUGAGCUGAGAAUAAAAGAAAUCAUGGAGAAACUAGACCAGCUGAUCCCACGCAGACCUUUCACCAAUGGGAACCCCAUCACCAGUGCCACACACAGCACAGCCACCAUCUUCUCCCCUCAAGAUGCCUACUGCAGAGGGCAUCCACUAGACAUCCUGCUGGAGGUGAGGGACCAUUUGGGAUACAGGAAGGAAUAUGGUGGGGAUGUCCUGAGGGCCAGGAUGUCCUCCCCAGCCCUGAAGGCGGGUGCUUCAGGAAAGGUGACAGACUUCAACAAGUACCUAGUCAGUGUCACUUUGCUCUGGGAGAGUCAGGUCUCUCUGUCUCUCCUGCUCAUCCAUCCCAGUGAAGGAUCAGCUCUUGGGAGGGCAGGGAACCAAGGCCAUGACAGGGUGACCUUCACAGGCCAGUUUGACAGUGACACUUCCUGGAUCUCUGAGUGUGGUCUGACCCUAAACUCAAGUGCUGAAUUUUUGGAAUACCUGGAUUAUCGAGACCAAGAAGCCUUCUACUGCAUGAGGCCUCCACAUGUUCCCUGUGAGGCCCUGACCACAGGAUCCCCAGCAAUGGAAACAUUUUCCAUCUUAGAAAGGAAGAAAAGAAGUCUUUUCCACAGGUCAAACGUAGGGGAGGAAAUGACAAGGAACUUUACCUCCAUUGAGAUCUUACCAUGUAACAAGAGUGGGAACACAAAAAAGAAAUGUCAGAUUGGAAUGAAGACCCCUUUCCCCAGCAGUUAUACCAUGAAAAGAAGGUGGAUUAUAGCAUUUUGUAAAUAGAUCAAAUCAAAUGGAAUGCAAAAUAUAGAUGACUGCUUGAAGAGAAAACUUACUGACCUCAUGGGAGUUUCAAUACUGCAACAGUGGAUUCACUACUUAAGAAAACAAAACAAAAACACAUGUCUGUUUCUGGAUGCUGAAAAACGUAUUUUGAUUCAGUAAAAACAUGAUCAUCCUUUUAUCACCAAAAAUCUGUUUUCAGUGACAGAUGAAAUCUAUAUAUCCCAAGGGAAACUGAUCUGGUAGCCAGAGAGAGACAGAACCACUGUCAUUACCCUUGGCCAGCAUUUCAGACCCUUUUCUGUUAUGAUUUUCAAUAAAGCCAUUAAUGCACAAAAGGCCAUUGAAUAUCUACUCUUGAAAAGCCCAGAGACCAAGGUGAUCCCUAAAACUGAAAAUACCAGGGGGAAAAAACUAAAUGCGGAGAUGUUUAAUGAUUAUGGCAAUAUUCAUAAUCUUAUCACGAGGGAUAUUUUUGUGGUUCUUAAUGGGGGCAUUAUUGAUGCCUGGGACAUGUGA